ACUCUUCCAUGUUGUCGUGGGCACCAUGUUGAACCCUCAUCGGCAGUCUGUGCUGACUAAUGCCUGUAUCAAGCCCUCAGUGGAUCCCAUCACCCGGACCCCUGGCACCAUCUAUGAACCAAAGGGGCAGGUCCGACUUUUGGGUCUGCUUUCAGAAAAUACCCCAUCGCAACAGGAGGACUACCUGGAUGCUGGCGAUGGACUGCUUAUCUGUAUGAAACGCACCAAGAAAAAAGGCCUUCGUCCUUUCUUCAAGGGCUGCUGGGAAUCCGAACAAGCCAUCCCUGAUGUCAGCGAAGCCUCAGAUGUUGACCCCGAUCAAGACGUAAACAAGCAGCUGGAGCCUGCCCCUCAGGAGCAGACCAAUGAACCUUCGCCUCCCGAAAACCCCAAAAUAUCCCCUCGCCAAGGUUCCUUCCCCUUUCAUUGGAUGUGGGAGAGUUUUUCCAUCAAAGGCCAGACCAUCUGCCAAGACCAGGUUUUGGAUAAGACCAAGAAGCUGACCUUGCCACGAGCUGCGACUGCCCCAGCCCGGGAGACCCCUUACAACCCUGACACCAUCUUGGGCUCCCCAGCUCCCAAAGAAAGCCACUGCUUGGGAGUCCACAAGUCUUCCAAAACUCCCGAGGUCCCUUGCAGCAGACCCCAGAGGUACUUGCCGCAUAUGGGCUUGGUUCCUAGAAGCUCUCUCCUGCCCCUCUUCUGGAAGAUGGAGGCUCGCUCGGAAGCCCGGAAGAGACAGCUGCGCCAGGAACGUCGCCAUUGGCUGCACCUCACCCAGCAGCUCCUGAACCUGGAAGGGCAGCGUGUCUCGCGAGAAAAACAACUCUCGCUCGAGGAGUUGGAAGAAAAACUCAGAGCAGAGAUGCUCUGCUUAGCCACAGAGCCCGAAGAGCCUGGCCCUCAAAAGGAGAAAAGAAAAUCCAAGAAUCGCGGCCCAACUCCCAAGGAGGAGCUGACCUUCAAACCGGUCAUUAAUCAGAAGGUGCCCAACUUCAAGCAUCUGCAAAAGCGCUUCCGAGAACAGCUGGAGCAGAAGAAAGAGCAAGGAAAACUGACCGUCUGCAAGCCGUUCCACCUUCAUUCCAGUAGUUCUCAGCCUCUUUCGGAAAUCGAGGAAAAGAGAGACCAGGAAGAUUUAUUUCAAAACCUCCGGCGACUUUGGAGCCUACACUGGAGGGCUCAGUCUUGUCCUGAUUUUGAACCGUCAUUGGGUGCUCAAGUGAUGCCCACCAAGACAUCUGAUAAAAGGCAGGAAGCUAACAGAUUGCUUUUGAUGGAAUGGGAACGUCGAGAGCAGCAGGAGAAACACCGGGCUGAGCUGCGCAGAUUGAAGGCGCAGCACAUGCAGCGGGAAGUGGCCAAAUGCUUGGCUACUUACAGGAAUAAAGGAUACUCUUCCACAUCAGUCCAGAGAAGGCGGGAAGAACUCAGGAGGCAAGAGAAACAGCGCAUGGAGGAAUACAUGAUCCAGUUGCAGGAGAUCCAGGAUCGUGUAGACAGCCGCCCGUAUCUGUUUGAGAGAGUCAUGCAGACAAAUGCCCGCCAGGCAGUUGAGCGCCGUUUCUCCAAAGUGUUGGCCGCUCUGGGUAUCGACGAAGAGAUGCUGUGGAAGCAUGCUGCUCGGCAGUCUUUAGGCAAAUAUGGCAUCCAAGACACGUAUCAGAGUACCGAGUCCUUAGAAGAGUUCCAAAACUCGAUCUGAGAGGAAGAUAGAAUGGACAGAGGAAGCCAUUUGGACCAGCAGCUCCCCUUGCCUCCUGGAUCUGUAAUC